GGAAGACGUGACAGAACUGUCAGAAGCAAGCGCAGUCGAUCAGUUUCAGUCGAUUGUUUGCUUGUUGUAAGCAAAUUGUUGUCAGCUGCCGGACACUCCAGUAAGCGGCAUUUUGUAAGAAACCUAACAGAUUCGGUGUUCAAAUUCUGUCAUCAAAAUGGCUAUCGACUGGCUUGGAUUUGGUUAUGCUGCCGCUAUCAUCAUGGGAGGCCUCAUGGGGUACAAGAGGAAAGGUAGUGUGAUGUCAUUGAUAGCUGGACUGUUUUUUGGCUGUAUCUCAGCCUAUGGUGCCUUCAAAAUAUCAAUGGAGCCAAGUGAUGUCACAGUUUCAUUGCUUGCUGCAAGUGUUCUUACACUGGUGAUGGGAAUUAGAUUCAAGAAGUCUGGGAAGUUAAUGCCGGCUGGUUUCAUGGCUGGAAUGAGUUUCUUGAUGGUACUACGGCUUCUAAUCAACACUCUGGUAUAAGCUGAUUGAACUGCAGUAUUCAAAAGUCUUUACCAGCAAUACAAGCAACAGGACAUGCUCCAUGACAUUAUCAAUACCAUGCCGCUACAUUCCAUCAGCAUCUUUGUAUUCACACUGACAUUUUGCAUUCCAAAUAAAGCUAUCGCUAUUUUUUACUA